CGAUGGGCCACGUGAGGCCUGGACGCUCGGCGGGGGCUGGGCUUCCGGAGCUCGGCUACCCGCGGCUGCUGCGGGCGCGCGGCGGGGAUGAUGAACCGCACGACCCCCGAUCCGGAGCGGGCGCCGGCGUCCGAGCCCGUGUGGAAGCGGCCCUGGUCGGUGGAGGAGAUCCGCAGGAGCAGCCAGAACUGGUCGCUGGCGGCCGACGCCGGCCUACUACAGUUUCUACAGGAAUUCUCACAGCAGACAAUCUCUAGGACUCAUGAAAUCAAGAAACAAGUGGAUGGACUAAUUCGGGAAACUAAAGCCACAGAUUGUCGCUUGCAUAAUGUCUUCAAUGACUUUCUUAUGCUGUCUAAUACCCAGUUCAUUGAGAACCGUGUGUAUGAUGAAGAAGUGGAGGAGCCAGUACCCAAGGCUGACGUGGAAAGAACAGAACAGGAGAAGACUCGGGAACAGAAGGAAGUAGAUCUUAUUCCUAAAGUGCAGGAGGCUGUGAACUAUGGUUUACAAGUAUUGGACAGUGCAUUUGAGCAGCUCGAUAUAAAAGCAGGAAACUCAGACUCUGAAGAAGAUGAUGCUAAUGAGCGUGUGGAACUGAUCCUUGAACCAAAGGACCUGUACAUCGACCGUCCUUUACCGUAUCUGAUCGGGUCCAAGCUGUUCAUGGAGCAGGAAGAUGUGGGUCUUGGAGAGCUGUCCAGUGAAGAAGGCUCUGUGGGCAGCGAUCGUGGCAGUAUUGUGGACAGUGAAGAAGAGAAAGAGGAAGAGGAGUCAGAUGAAGAUUUUGCCAACCAUAGUGACAAUGAUCAAAACCGGCACACCACACAAAUGAGUGAUGAGGAAGAGGAGGAUGAUGGCUGUGACCUUUUCGCUGACUCUGAGAAGGAGGAGGAAGAUGUUGAGGAUGUUGAAGAAAAUGCUAGACCUAAAAGAAGUGGACCGACGUUUGCUGAUGAGCUGGCGGCCAGGAUCAAAGGGGAUGGCGGGAGCCGAAUGGGACAGGAACAGACAACUUUAUCCUCAGGAGAAGCAAAACCUCAGAAGACAUUGAAAGAGAAGAAGGAAAGGAGAAGUCCUUCAGAUGAUGAGGAAGAUAACUUAUUUGAACCCCCCAAGCUGACCGACGAAGACUUCUCACCGUUUGGCUCUAGAGGCGGCCUGUUCAGUGGAGGCAAGGGACUUUUUGAUGAUGAGGAUGAGGAGAGUGACCUCUUCACGGAAGCCCCCCAGGAUUGUCAAGCUCGUGUCCCUUUUCAUGAAGAGUCUUCAUCCUCCAAACCUGGAAAGAAAAUCCCAGCAGGAGCUGUUUCUGUAUUUCUAGGGGACACUGAUGUGUUUGGUGCUGCCUUAGCUUCAUCACGGAAGGAACCCCAAAAGCCUGAGCAGCCCCUUCCAGGGAAAAGCCCAUACCCCCCACCUCCCACUGGCCUCUUUGAUGAUGAUGAUGACGACGACGAUUUUUUUGCGGCAUCUCUCAGCAAACCUUCCAAGACAGGCAAAGUCCAACCCACCGCUAAUAUCUUUGAUGAUGAGGAAGGAGAUCUGUUCAAAGAAAAAGCAGGGACAUUACCAGAAGCCACUGUGAGUCAGACAGAUGAGAAUAAAGCAAGAGCAGAAAAAAAGGUUACCGUAGAUUCCAGCAAAAAUCUCAAGGUUCCUUCUGAAACAAAGACUCAAAAAGGUUUAUUUUCGGAUGAAGAGGAUUCUGAGCAGGAUUUGUUUUCUUCUCAAAAUGCAAGUAAGUUAAAAGGAGCAUCUCUGCCGCCUAGCAAGCUCCCCACAUCGGUCUCCCUGUUUGAUGAUGAAGAUGAAGAGGAUAAUCUUUUUGGGACUACAACUGCUAAGACACAGACAUCACCUCUACAAACUCAGAGUCAUAAGAAAGCAAAACCCUCUGAGCUCUCCAAAAAGAAAACAUCUGCCUUGUUCAGCAGUGAUGAGGAGGACCAAUGGAAUAUUACUGAUUCACAGACCAGCUCAGCAUCUGACAGCAGAUCUAAAAGAGAACCCAAGGACCCUGGGACCAUCCAGGGCCAGGAGGCUGUGAAAAAGACCAGUCUCUUUGAGGAGGAUGAUGAAGAUGAUCUUUUUGCUAUUGCCAAGGACAGCCAAAAGAAGACCCAGAGAGUGUCACUCCUCUUUGAAGACGAUGCUGACAGUGGAGGCUCUCUGUUUGGCUCUCCACCCACGUCUGUUCCUCCUGCAGCAACGAAAAAAGAAACUGUUCCUGUAGUACCACCUUUGCUGUUUAACGAUGAAGAAGAGAAGGAAGCACCGUUUGGAGUGAAGCCUGUGGAUAAGAAGGUUGAGAGUGCCAAAGAAUCACCAGAAUUUGGGAAAACUGAUUUGGCUGAGGAGUCAGAAAAGGAAGGACUUUUGACUGGAUCUGCACAGGAAGCAGUCAAGCAUUCUGAUGUAUUUUCUUCACCAUCCUCAUUGGACAAAGGAAGCAAGGGUAGAACCAAAACUGUUCUUAGCUUGUUUGAUGAGGAAGAGGAUAAAACAGAAGAUCAAAACAGCAUCCCAACUCCACAGAAAGAAGUGGGAAAGGGCCACUAUCCUGAUGCCCGCCCCAAGAGCACAGGUGUCUUCCUGGAUGAAGAGCUCCUUUUCAGCCACAAACUCCAGAAGGACAAUGACCCAGAUGUUGACCUUUUUGCUGGCACCAAAAAAACCAAGUUGUUAGAGCCAAGUGUUGGGAGCCUCUUUGGGGAUGAUGAAGAUGAUGAUCUUUUCAGCUCUGCCAAGUCCCAGCCUUUGGUUCCAGAAAAAAAGAGAGUAGUGAAAAAAGAACACUCUGUUUCCUCUUCCAAAAACCAGAAACAUUCCGAAUCCACUCAAGGUAGCAAAGAAAAAAGCAUCUGGAAGCCAGAAACAGCCCAGGACUCGUCAGGUCUCGCUCCAUUUAAAACCAAAGAACCAUCCACUCGGAUCGGGAAAAUACAAGCAAAUUUAGCAAUCAACCCAGCGGCCUUGCUGCCUACAGGGGCUCCCCAGAUCUGUGAAGCAAAGCGUGUUUCUCCAGAAUUGGCUUCUUCAUCUGAACCUGCAAGGAACUGUGGUCUGGAAAGUGUGCCCACUCUUCCUGGGAGUGGGGAGGCCGGCGUGAGUUUUGAUCUUCCAGCUCAGGCAGACACCUUACACAGCGCAAACAAGAGCCGUGUCAAAAUGAGAGGGAAGCGCAGACCGCAGACCCGAGCAGCUAGGCGGCUGGCUGCCCAGGAGUCCAGCGAGGCGGAGGAUGUGAGUGUCCCCAGAGGAGCCGUGGCGCAGUUGGCAGACGGCGCCAUUUCACCAAAUGGCUGCCAGCCACAGCCCAGAGCCACCAGUGGAGAAGACAGCUCUGUGGAGGCUGAGGCAGCUGCUGCUCCACCUUGGGAAGGCCAUCCUGCGCAUGGAGUGGACAGAAGGCCCUUUGCAAAGUCUCUGGGUCAUUCCAGAGGUGAGGCUGAUCAUUUUGAUUCCGGGGACAUCUUUUCCAAGGGCACGGAGAAAACAAAGGCCAAGGCAAAAGCAGCAGAGACCCCAGCCAUCCAGCCAGUGGGAGGUAAAGAAGGAAGCACCAUGCCCCCUGCUCUAGGUGAGGCAGGCAGUGAUGAUGAUCUCUUUCAGUCUGUUAAACCAAAACCAGCAAAGAAAGCAAAUCCUUUUCCUCUCCUGGAAGAUGAGGACGAUCUCUUUACAGAUCAGAAAGGCAAGAAGAAAGAGUCAAAAUCCAACAGUCCGCAGGAUGUCAUAUCAAAAACACAAGAUAUUUUUGAGGAUGAUAUAUUUGCUACAGAAGCAAUUAAACCCUCUCAUAAAACAAGAGAGAAGGAGAGAACAUUGGAAUCCAACUUAUUUGAUGAUAACAUUGAUAUCUUUGCUGACCUAACUGUGAAACCAAAAGAAAAGUCCAAAAAGAAAGUGGAAGCUAAGUCUAUAUUUGAUGACGAUAUGGAUGAUAUCUUCUCCUCUGGUAUCCAAGCUAAGACAACCAAACCAAAAAGUCGAUCUGCACAAGCAGCACCUGAAUCAAGAUCUGAACACAAGGUGUCCAGCAUAUUUGAUGAUCCCCUGAAUGCCUUUGGAGGCCAUUAGAGCAUACAGGGUGUUCAUGUCUUAUCCUUCAGCUACAUCCUUAAGUUAGUGAUGAUGUCUUAUAUACUCAUGGUCUUAACUGGAUUACAAAAAGCAAAUACUAAAACAGCUAGCUCACCUUUUACCCAAUGUACUUAGUAUUUUUUUGCACUGGUUUUAAUCAUGCUUAAUCUGAAACAAAAAUAAAUAUUUCACAGUGGUUGUUUUGUUUUUAA